UUUUCUCUCUGUGGAGUCUGUGCAGUGCACUGUCAGCGGUUCCUCAUGUCGCGGGUCGGCGAGGACUGGAUCUUCCUCAUCUUGCUGGGACUCGUCAUGGCUCUGGUCAGCUUUGUUAUGGAUUUCUGCAUCGCUCUUCUCCUACAAGCACAGAAGUGGAUGUACGGGGGUUUGGACAGUAACGUAAUCCUGCAGUAUUUAGCUUGGGUCACUUAUCCUGUGGUUCUCAUCAGUUUCUCUGCAGGCUUCACACACAUAGUAGCGCCUCAGGCUGCGGGGUCUGGUAUUCCUGAAAUGAAGACGAUUCUCAGAGGAGUGGUGCUGAAGGAAUAUCUCACGUUAAAAACGUUUGUGGCCAAAGUCGUCGGACUGACCUGCGCACUGGGCAGUGGUUUGCCUCUGGGCAAGGAGGGUCCGUUUGUGCACAUUGCCAGUUUGUGUGCUGCUCUUCUCUGCAAAUUCAUGUCGUUCUUUGGUGGAAUUUAUGAGAAUGAGUCCAGAAACAUCGAGAUGCUUGCGGCGGCUUGUGCUGUCGGUGUCGGAUGCUGCUUUGCUGCUCCUAUUGGAGGUGUGUUAUUCAGCAUUGAAGUCACCUCCACGUUUUUCGCCGUACGAAACUACUGGCGUGGAUUCUUUGCUGCUACGUUUAGUGCCUUUAUCUUCAGAGUUCUGGCCGUGUGGAACAGAGAUGAAGAGACGAUCACGCUUACACAGAAGGAGACCCUGGUUUCAUUUUUUGACAAUCGCACUUGGACGAAGCAAGGAAUGACGGAAGACUUUAAUUAUGACAGUCACUCGGCCGCCUGGAAACAUCCGCAGGCUAACGUCUUCGUGAUCCUCGUCAUCUUCAUCAUUAUGAAGUUCUGGAUGUCUGCUUUAGCCACAACUCUUCCCGUACCAUGUGGAGCCUUUAUGCCUGUUUUCGUCAUUGGUGCUGCGUUUGGCCGUUUGGUGGGUGAAAGUAUGGCCGCAUGGUUUCCAGAGGGCAUUAAUACGGACGGAACCAUCUAUCCCAUAGUUCCCGGAGGAUACGCUGUUGUGGGAGCGGCGGCGUUAUCCGGAGCGGUCACACACACGGUUUCCACGGCUGUGAUCGUGUUUGAGUUGACGGGUCAGAUCAGUCACAUUCUGCCCAUCAUGAUCGCUGUGAUUCUCGCCAACGCCGUCGCUCAGAGUCUUCAGCCGUCCAUCUACGACUCCAUAAUCCGCAUUAAGAAGCUGCCUUACCUGCCUGAGCUCGGCUGGGGCCACCAUGAGAAGUAUAAUAUUCGUGUGGAGGACAUCAUGGUCAGAGAUGUUCGUUAUAUCACACUGAACUCCACCUACAGAGACCUUCACGAGAUCCUCCUGAUAGGAAACCUCAAAACGGUGGCGCUGGUGGAGUCUGCAGAGUCGAUGAUUCUGCUGGGCUCUAUUGAGCGCGCUCAGUUGCAGGCGCUCCUCACGCAGCAUCUGAGUCGCGAGCGACGGCUGGAGUUCGUACGCGAUCGUGCCGAUGCCGAGAGAAAGCGUGUGUCUGUGGUCAGCACUCCCAGCAGUGAGGAGGGGGGUCACAAGGUCAACCACGAGGUUCGCUUCCAGAUCUCCACAGAAGAGUCGUCGUUCACACCGGCCCGUCCCAUCUCACCUAAACCUCUCAAACCUGCGCUGAAGAGGACGUCUGCCGCCGAGAAAAACAUCGAGAUCCCCACAAUUUCUGGAAAGAGGGUUUUUGAGGAUCCAGACGCAGAGGAUGACAUGACUCUUGGCGAGAUUGAGGAGUGGGAGGAGCAACAGAUGACUCACACCAUCUUCUCUCUGCUGGGUUUGGAUCACGCUUACGUCACCAGCAUCGGGAGACUUAUAGGAGUAGUUUCACUGAGAGAGCUGCGUAAAGCCAUCGAGGGCUCGAUGACGGUGAAGGGUGUGAAGGUUCGUCCGCCGCUGGCGAGUUUCAGAGACAGUGGCACCAGCGGCACCAGUAGCGAAAGCGAAGCCACUGAACUCCACAAACUGUGGGAUCGUCACACCAGCCUCAGCAUUCCCCGAGAACACCAGCCCAAUGCCUCCGACUCGGACGAUAAGUCGCAGUGACCCACAGCCGACGCUCGCAUCCAAAAACCCUCCCGUCUUCCCACACUUAUCCUCUUUCCCUUCUGGAGAAUCAGGGACUAUCUGGACUCUGUGGAGGCUCCUCCAGUGUGCGUAUGUGUGCGUUUAUAUGUGUGUCUGUUGCAGAAAGAGACAGAUCAUUUCAUCUUUGACGUUACCUACCAUUCCCUUUUUCACUUUUUAAGAAAUGUGAUGCACAAGCUCUGUUUGAACGCUUCAUCUGGUGUCUCGUGGUUUUUACAUUGGGGAAUUUAUAUCUCACUGUUUUUUUUCUUGCAGUUCUUUUUUCUCGCACUUAUGACUUUGUCUUUUCUUCUCGCAAUGGACUUUUUUCUUGCUAUUCUGA